UCAUUUGGGUUGUAAUGACAUGCAAUGCGAGUGAGAGCAAUGGGGACUCUGCAGGGGUGACGGAUCGGAGGAGAACUCACGGACUGCUCGAGAACAGAAUCCUCAUGACCAGCACAAUAGAAUUCACAACCCGAGGCGGAGUCUCUCCCUCUCUUUCUUCUUGUUAAUUCGUGCUCGCAUGCAUUACUAAGAUCCAAGGAAUUGAAUAUACGUUCACGGGCAUGCAUGCAUGCUUGCAGAGAGGCCUUCAAAAGCUCUUAAGCCCUUCUUCUUCUCCUCCUCCACAUCCGACCUCCAUGGCUUCCAAGACCACGACCUGGCUCUUCCUCAUCGUCUCCAUGGCGUUGCCGCAGGCAUUCGCAUGCGACUCGUGCUCCCAGCCGUCGCUCCCUUGGCCUCCUGCGCUGAGGAGACCGCCGAGGGUGCUGCCACCGGUGGAAGGUGGCGGUCGCCUUCCAGGGGCCUCGCCUCCGGCCACGUGCUCGUUGGAUCAUCUCAAGCUGGGGCUGUGCCUCGACGUGCUGGGAGGCCUGGUGCACCUGGGCGCCGGCAACCCGGCCGAGAACGUGUGCUGCCCGGUGCUGCAUGGACUGCUGGAGCUGGAGGCUGCAGUGUGCCUUUGCACCGCCAUUAAGCUGAGGAUACUAAACCUCGACAUCUAUAUACCACUGGCACUUCAGCUGCUCAUUACCUGUGGGAAGAACCCUCCUUCUGGUUCUCUCUGUCCUCUUAAUUAACUUACUAGGUUUGAUUCCAGCGUCAUGUUUUAGCACUCAGUGUUUAGGUUAAUGUUUAGCUUUGGAAGUCAAUUAGCCUGUUACACUCAUAAUGGUGUUCUUAGUUCCCAAGAUCAUAUUGGAGUUUAACUGAGCUUUUGUGCUGCAUGAUUCAUGAAA